AACAGCUGGACGUCUGUGUCUCAUUCUGUAUUUCCUCAUUUGUGACGACAGAACGACUUCUAAAUUAGGUAUUAUUUGUACCCGGAUAUUAGUCCUAAGCCGACAGGAAACUUUAUACUUGUCGUUUGUAGUCACUGCGAUACUUGGAUUGACUCGUCUGUGUGAAUAUAUACAAUGGCUUCCGGAGUGGCACUUUCAGACGAAUGUCUUGAGACUUACCAAGAUCUCCAGGGAUCGAAGAAGAAAUACCGGUACAUUAUCUACAAACUGAACAAAGAUUUCAGUGAAAUCGUGGUGGACAGCACCAAACCAAGAGAUGAAGCUAGCGCGGAAGAGGCGUAUGACGAAUUUUGUGGUAAACUCAUUCAAGCUGCCGCUAACGGUGAAGGUCGGUAUGGCGUGUUCGAUGUUCACUACAAUGUUGACACCCGCGAGUUGGACAAAGUAGUUUUCUUCACAUGGGUAUCUGAUACUCUUCCCAUUAAACAGAAGAUGCUGUAUGCCAGCAGUGCCAAGGCGCUUAGAGGAAAGAUGACUGGUGUCCACACAGAAAUCCAGUGUAAUGACGAGUCCGACCUGAAAUUAGAAGGCGUCAUCGCCAAAUGUCGUCAGAAGAGUUACGAAUGAUCAAUAGAGAACAGUAGUGACCUAUUAAUUAAACAGAGUUUAUUAAAAAAAAUAUUAUUUGCUACUGAAAUAAAACUUUAUUGCAAAUGCA